AUGACGCUUGUACUUGGUCAACCAGGGUCGGGGAAGUCGUCGUUGCUGCAACUGCUUAGCGGUCGGUUCCCUCUGGAGAACAACAACGUCGCCCUUGAAGGUGAGAUCGCGUACAACGAUGAGCCUCGUGAAUCGCUGGAUCGCCGCUUACCGCAGUUUGCAGCCUACGUCGCCCAGCAAGACCUGCAUUUGUCCACUCUCACGGUCCGUGAGACGCACGAGUUCGCUCACACGUGCAGCACUGCGUACUUCGGCAACCAUGUUGAGGAACUGUUGAGUCGCGGAGCUCAGCCUGAAGACAACGCAGAGGUUCAAGCUACAGCACGCUCGUUGUUGCGUCACUUGCCGCAGAUAACGUUGGAGCUUCUCGGCCUGCAGCAGUGCGCAGACACGAUCAUUGGCGGCAAUUUACUGCGCGGGGUGUCCGGUGGCGAGCGCAAGCGCGUUACUACCGGAGAAAUGCUGGUAGGCUUCAAGCUGGCUCUGUUCUUGGAUAGUAUCACCACUGGCCUCGACAGCGCUGCAGCCUUCGACAUCAUUUCAAGUCUGCGUGGCCGAGCACGAUCCUUUGGCCAGACUGUCGUAGCAGCACUACUGCAGCCAGCGCCUGAAGUCUUCGAACUAUUCGACGACGUUCUGCUGCUGAUGGGCGGUCGCGUGGCUUACCACGGUCCUGUAAGUGAGGUGCGAGGCUACUUCGAAGCACUAGGCUUCUAUUGUCCUCCAGGACGCGACUUCGCCGACUUCCUCAUGGAUCUGGGCACUGAAGACCAACUUCGGUACCAAACAAUUGCUCUACCGUCCAACCAGGCCCUUCCGCGUACGGCGAAGCAGUUCGCUGCCGUGUUUUCGGGCUCUUUGAUCCAUCAGCGGAAGUUGCAGGAACUGCAGACUCUGGUGGACCCAGGCAUUGUGGAAGGCGCACACAAGUACAUGGAUACUAUUCCUGAGUUCCAGCAAGGCUUCGUUGCGAGUACAUGGACCCUCGUGCGCCGUGAAAUGCUCGUGCUGAGCCGCAACGUCGCGUUCGUGGUCGGACGAGCAGUGAUGACGGUGAUCAUGGGGCUGUUGUAUGCGAGCACGUUCUACGACUUCGACGCCACCGACGUGCAGGUGAUCAUGGGGGUGGUCUUCUCCGUGAUCUUCUUUGUGUCGCUGGGCCAGGCCGCGCAAAUCCCGACCCUGUUUGAAGCUCGCGACAUCUUCUACCGCCAGCGUCGAGCCAACUUCUAUCGGUCCUCGUCGUUUGUGCUUGCUAGCGCAUUGAGCCACAUACCAGUGGCGUUGUUCGAGACGUUUGUCUUCGGAUCGCUGAUUUACUGGUUGUGUGGGUUCGUGCCUGAAGCUGAACUGUUCGUGCGCUACGAGGCCAUCGUGUUUCUCUCCAGCUUAGCGUACGGAGCCUGGUACUUCCUGUUGGUCGCCCUUACGCCCAACAUGAACGUGGCGAUGCCGAUGGCGAUGCUGUCCGUGCUCGUCAUGGCCACGUAUGCAGGCUUCGCUAUCCCGAAAGACCAGCUUCCGGACUACCUGCUCUGGCUGUAUUGGGCGAGCCCGGUCGCUUGGGGCAUUCGCGGGCUGGCUGUCAACCAGUUCCGGGCUGCACGCUUUGACAUCUGCGUCUACGAAGGCGUCGACUACUGCAGUCUUUCGGGUGGCACCAUGGGCGAGUACUACCUCUCACUAUUUGACGUACCGGCGAGCAAAAGCUACGUGGAUCUCAGCAUGGUCUUCGUCGUGGGCUGCUACCUCCUCUUCUUGGGUCUGUCUGUGUGGGCCUUGGAACACCGCCGCUUCGAGGGCCCCGAAGAUACAAGUGCAAGCGCGUCUACUGACGAGAACGACAACCCUAGUGACGAGUUAUACGGACUGCUCAAAACCCCGCGAGGAACGGAGUCAGUGGAGAUUGCGAUCCAGCCUUCGAGUGGCAAGCGCAACUUUGUUCCAGUCACGCUGGCAUUUGAGGACAUUUGGUACUCGGGAAUGCUGCAAAUUCUGAAGGGUGUCUCAGGGUUUGCGAGACCAGGAUUCAUGACCGCGCUAAUGGGGUCUUCCGGCGCUGGGAAAACCACGUUGAUGGACGUCAUCGCGCACCGCAAGACGGGAGGAUCUGUACGCGGACGAAUCCUGCUCAACGGCCACGAGGCGAGUGACUUGGCCAUGCGUCGCUGCACAGGGUACUGCGAGCAAACGGAUGUCCACUGCGAGGGCGCCACGUUCCGCGAGGCGCUCACCUUCAGUGCCUUUCUUCGACAGCCAGCAGACGUUCCGAGCAGCGUCAAGCGAGACACCGUCCGCGAGUGCCUCGAUCUGCUGGACCUGCACUCCAUCGCUGAUCGGAUUGUUCGUGGCGCGUCCAUGGAGCAACUCAAGCGCCUCACAGUCGGUGUCGAGCUAGCUGCUCAGCCGAGUAUCUUGUUCCUUGACGAACCUACCAGCGGAUUGGAUGCAGCCGCGGCGAAGACCAUCAUGGAGGGCGUGAAAAAGGUGGCGCGUUCUGGCCGAACCGUGAUCACGACAAUUCACCAGCCGUCGGCUGAAGUAUUCGGACUUUUCGACAGUGUGCUGCUGCUUCAACGUGGUGGACGAACCGUGUUCUUCGGUGAUGUAGGCCCACAGUGCCGCGACCUGGUGCAAUACUUUGAACAGCUCCCAGGCGUCUCUCCUCUUCAGCCGGAAGCCAACCCGGCCACGUGGAUGCUCGAGUGUAUUGGCGCGGGGGUAAACACAGGCGAUAAGAGCUCUGGAAAUGCCGCAGCGGUCGAUUUUGCGGACGUCUUCCAGUCUAGCAAGCUCCGCGAACAACUUGACGCUACGAUGAAAGAGCCUGGGGUUGCAUGCCCCUCUGAAAGCCAAGCUGAGCUGACGUUUGCCAGGAAGAGAGCUGCUGGACCACUCGUGCAGCUCCACUUUUUGGUGCAACGCAGCUUCAGAUCGUACUGGCGGACGGCGUCGUACAACAUCACUCGGGUGGGUAUAUCUCUCAUCUUGGCUCUCAUCUUUGGCAUUUCUUUUCUCGAGGCGGACUAUGGAUCGUACGCGGGCGCGAAUGCUGGUGUUGGAAUGCUCUUCAUCGCUACGGGCUUCAAUGGGAUCGUGUCAUUCUUUGGCGUACUACCUGUUGCGGUGGGCGACCGAGCUUCAUUCUACCGGGAGCGUGGCUCUCAGUGUUUCAGUGCUUUUUGGUACUUCGUCGCUGGGUCAAUCGUGGAGAUCCCUUACGUGUUCGCUAGCACCCUCCUCUUCUCGGUGAUCUUCUACCCCAUGGUCGGGUUCACGGGAGGUAUCGCGUCGGGGGCAUUGUUUUGGGUCAACACGGCGCUUCUGGUGUUGCUCCAAGUCUACAUGGGUCAGUUGCUGGCGUACGCACUACCGACGGCAGAGCUGGCGAUGGUGGUUGGUGUGGUGGUGAACACUGCCAGUUUCCUCUUCAUGGGUUUCAACCCGCCCGUGCACUCGAUCCCCGCAGGGUACAAGUGGCUCUACCAGAUCGUGCCGCUGCGGUAUUCCUUUAGCGCUCUCACCGCUCUCGUGUUCGCUGACUGCCCAGCCGCUGGGGACUCUGACAUCGGGUGCCAGGAGUUGCGCGACGCCCCCGUUACUCUCACGUUCUCGAAUGUCAAGGAGUACGUGGAGUACACGUUCGGUGCUCGCCACGACGAGUUUGUACGCAACAUGGGCGUGGUGGUGCUUAUCAUCGUCAUUCUGCGUAUUCUGGCUCUACUAGCGCUGCGCUUCAUCAACUACGAGCGGCGCUAG